AUUUAUAUACUGGUCACUCAUGUGUCUCUAGCGCUAUGCACGACAAAUACUACUAACAUCAAUUUAGAAAUAAUUCUAUUCGAGUAUCGUAAAAUUUGUUACUUACAUUGAAAAGAUACAGAGGCAUCACUAGAAAUCUAGUGAUACAAUUUGAUAAAAUGACAACUAAUGUUGUGGCGAAUAAUCCAUUUACUGGUGAUUGGUCCUGCGAAAUAUCUAGUCCAGGAGACAUAGCAUCUUGUAAAAUUCCAAUAAAAAAAGAUUUGCCUGACACUAUGAGGUUGAAGGGGAAUAUCGGAUUCAUGGGAAAUGAAAUCGUAGAGUUUGAUAUAACUCUUUGCGAAGCAUUUGAAAAUGAAGAAUUUGCUAAAGAUCUUCUUAACCAUGGAAUACCGAAAGGCAAAUUCCCUCAGCAAUGUCCAGCCAAAGCGGGCAUGGAUUAUGAAAUAAGCAAAUAUAAAUUUCCGAAAGAAAAAUUACCACCAGUUGUUAUACCAGAUGGUGACUUUUCUGGAGACAUCCAUUUGUAUGAACCAGGCAAAGAUCCUUAUGCAACUGUACACGUCGAAGGGAAAAUAUUUCACGAAUUACCCAAACUUCCUGGAUUUGGACGUUAAUCAUUAAUUGAUUUCGAUUUUUGAUGAUAUCCACAUGGCAAUAACUAUAUA